AGAAGCUCAAACAAUCUAUAGCAGAGCCUCAGCCAAACUCAGCUAGCUAGCAGCCAAAACAGAGGCGUAGCUGAGGCGAUCGGUCGAGUUCAUUGAUCACCAAGUGGCAGGUAGGUGCGGCCAUGGCGUCGUCGUCGCCGUCGCCGAUGCUUGGAAGCAUUGCCAACAGGUGGCGCGAGCUCCAGGGCGCGGGCUCGUGGGCCGGCCUGCUCGACCCGCUCGACAUCGACCUGCGCGCGAACAUCAUCGCCUACGGCGAGCUCACGCAGGCCACCUACGACGGGUUCAACCAGGAGAAGCGCUCUCCCAACUGCGGCGCCUGCGUGUUCGGCUACGCGGACCUGCUGGCGAGCUCGGGCGCCGCCGCGGCGGGGAGCUACGCCGUCACCAAGUUCAUCUACGCCACCUCGGCGCUGCCCGUGCCCGAGGCGUUCCUGGUCCUCCCGCUGCCGGAGCUGCUGCCGGAGUCGUGGAGCAGGGAGUCCAACUGGAUGGGGUACGUCGCCGUCGCCACGGACGACGGCGUCGCGGCGCUGGGGAGGCGCGACAUCCUCGUCGCGUGGCGCGGGACGAUGCGGAGCCUCGAGUGGGUCAACGACUUCGACUUCACGCCCGUGUCCGCCGCGCCGGUGCUGGGCUCCGCGGCGGCGGCGAACCCGGCCGCCAUGGUGCACAGGGGAUUCCUGUCCGUGUACAGGUCCAGCGACCCGGAUUCCAAGUACAACCAGUCCAGCGCCAGAGAUCAGGUUCUUGAGGAGGUCAGCCGGCUAAUGGCGCUGCACAAGGACGAGGUGACCAGCAUCACCGUCGUGGGGCACAGCCUGGGCGCGUCGCUGGCCACGCUCAACGCCGUGGACCUCGCCGCCAACGGCGUGAACGCGCCCGCCGACUCCUCCCAGCCGCCGUGCCCCGUGACGGCCUUCGUGUACGCGAGCCCGCGCGUCGGGGACGGCAACUUCAAGAGCGCCUUCGCCUCGUUCCCGGACCUGCGGGCGCUGCACGUGAAGAACGCCGGCGACGUAGUGCCGCUGUACCCGCCGCUGGGGUACGUGGACGUGGCCGUGCCGCUGCCCAUCGACACGGGGCGGUCGCCGUACCUGCGCCAGCCCGGGACGAUCCCGACGCGGCACAACCUCGAGUGCUACCUGCACGGCGUGGCCGGGGAGCAGGGCAGCGGCGGCGGGUUCAAGCUGGAGGUGGACCGCGACGUGGCGCUGGCGAACAAGGGGGAGGACGCGCUCAAGAGCAAGUACCCCGUGCCCGCCGACUGGUGGGUCGCCAAGAACAAGUGCAUGGUCAAGGGCGCCGACGGCCACUGGGCGCUUCAGGACUUCGAGCAGAUUUGAUCCGCAUCAGACAUUCAGACUGGUGCGCUCGUGCUCGCACGCACCCUUGUGUCUUUCGUAUCUCUCGUCUAUGAAUAACGAGUGACAACAAUACAAUACGGGUUUGAACUGGUAGCUUGUUGUCUUGUUGUGUCUCGAUCGCCUCUUCCUACCGGCCUGACCGGAGGUCGAUCAGGAUUUAUUCAGGCUUCGUCAGGAGUCGGUAAACAAUUCUCGGUUGAGUGCCAAUGUGCCGUGGUGUGAUAAUUCAGGAGCCAGUGAUCUUGCAUUCA